GAGUGAUUUGCGGUGAAGGGAGGAGGGACGAUUUCGCUUCGUUGUCGCGUAGAAUUUUUAAUUUCUCUGUGAAUUGUGGCGAGAUUCUGUGUAAAGAUUGAAAUAAGUGACCAUAAUUUGGUGCUCGAAUUGUGUACAAGUGAUUAAUUUGAUGCCUCGCUUGCCGGUUGUUUAACGCCACCAAUUACAUUCCGACCGCUCCCUGCGUAUAUAGCACGUCAGUCGUCAAGUAUUUUCAUGCCUGUUUGUACUACUUGCUAUAGUAGGGGCCGUGAUAGUAAAAGCUGUUGGAAAGUGCAUUCGUACGGGAAAUUGUUAGUGUAAAAAACUAUCCCACGUUCCAGAAAUUUGUGAGCGUUAUGAGGUGAUCAUUGAGACAGUGCGUUUUGCAAGAUUGUAGCCAUUUUCGGUGGCCCACAUCGACCUCCAGUAUCAGGAGCGGCGCAUAAUGACUUUUUAAUCCACUAACUUGUAAUUGAGCAACUAGCCGUGAAGUUAGACAUGUUCAGCACACAACUGCAGCAAUGGACGGCGUGAAGAAAAUACACUCAGGAACACUGUAUCGGAACGGUCCGGUGGAGGGCGCGUACGGUCCGCAACACAGUCCGGUGUCGCGGUCCGACGCCUCCACCGAGGACGCGGAGUUGUCCGCCGCGCUCGCUCACCAGCAUCAUCUAGCUAUGCAGGCCGGCGAGUAUCCAGUGGUGGGCGGCGGCAUGGAGCCCGAUUACGAGCGGUACGUGUCGUCGCCAGCAGCGCAUUACAACCACAUGGGCCACCUCACCAUGGCGCCCUCGCAGAAAUACCCCCACGUGAUGGACUCAGUGUCAGUGUCGGGCGGGGGCAGCUACGCGGGCGCGGGGGGCGCGGGCCACUACGGCACGUACGGGCACUACGGUGCCGCCUACCCACCGCAGCCCUAUUUGGUGGACGCGCCGCAGCAGCCCUACAUAGGACAGGAGUAUGGAGAAGGUGGCGGCAGUGCGUCACCCAGAAGCGCUUCGCCGGGCGCUUUACCACAACAUAACCUGCAUUUACAACAGAGGUACGACUCAGCCUCGCUGGAGCAGCUGGGCCGCCACUACUGCGUGACGUCGCCGCGCGCGGAGUACGCGGGCUCCGCCUACGGCUACCAGCACUACCCCACCGCCUACGACGACCAGCCCAGCCAGACCAACCAGUUCAAGGACUCUCAGAACGGCCUGAGCCUGGGCAGCGCGGGCACGCAGUCCAUGUACGGGGACGAGGAAGAGCUGCAGAAACAGAUGGCCGGCAUGGCGCUAGAGCAGUACGGUGUGCACGGUGUGGGCGUGGGCGUGGGCGUGGGGGUGGGGGCGGCGGGGCGCGAGGACGGCGGCGGGCUGCAGUGGCGGGACCCCAACCUGCCCGAGGUCAUCGGCUUCCUCAACUCCCCCUCCGACGUCGUCAAGGCUAACGCUGCGGCCUAUCUGCAGCAUCUCACCUACAUGGACGACCCUAACAAACAGAAGACUAGGAAUUUAGGCGGCAUCCCGCCGCUGGUGCGGCUGGUGUCGCACGACAACGCGGACGUGUGCCGCAACGCGUGCGGCGCGCUGCGCAACCUGUCGUACGGCCGCCAGAACGACGAGAACAAGCGCUGCAUACGCGACGCCGGCGGCAUCCCCGCGCUCAUGGCGCUGCUGUGCCGCGCCACUGACAUGGAGGUGAAAGAACUGGUGACCGGUGUAAUAUGGAACAUGUCGUCGUGCGAGGACCUGAAGCAGUCGAUCAUAGACGACGCAGCGCAAGUCAUCGUCAACAAAGUUAUCAUUCCACACUCCGGAUGGCACCCCACCAAUCCUGGCGACACUUAUUGGUCUACUGUGUUCCGCAACGCGUCGGGCGUGCUGCGCAACGCGUCGUCCGCAGGCGAGUACGCGCGGCGCCGACUGCGCGCGCUGGCCGGACUGGCCGCCGCGCUGCUGCACGCUGUGCGCGCCGCGCUGCAGGCCAACGCUAUCGGCACCAAGAUCGUCGAGAACUGCGUCUGCGUGCUGCGCAACUUGUCUUACAGAUGUCAAGAAAUAGAAGAUCCCUUAUACGACACAAGAGCGCCGCCCACACAGUCGUCGGGGCAGGCGAGGAUACAGGCCAGCGCAUCUAAAGGAGAAAACCUCGGUUGCUUCGGCGGCAGUAAAAAGAAGAAGGAGGGCACCUCGUCGUCAAACUCGACCAGUCCUCUGGGCAAGAGUGAGCCGGACACCCAGCCGCUGGGGGACAGCGUGUCCUCGCAGCUGGGGUACAGUGUGCCCAAGGGGACGGAGAUGCUGUGGUCACCAGAGGUGGUUCCCCUGUACAUGGCGCUCCUGCAGACUUGCUCCAACCCGGAAACCCUGGAAGCGGCGGCCGGAGCGCUGCAGAACUUGGCCGCCUGCUAUUGGCAGCCUUCCAUCGACAUCAGGGCUGCGGUCAGAAAAGAAAAAGGUUUACCAAUCCUGGUGGAGCUACUGAGAAUGGAGGUGGACCGCGUGGUGUGCGCGGUGGCGACGGCGCUGCGGAACUUGGCCAUCGACCAGCGGAACAAGGAGCUGAUCGGGAAGUACGCCAUGCGGGACCUGGUGCAGAAGCUACCCAGCGGGGCGCAGCAACACGAACAGGGUACUUCGGACGACACGAUAGCGGCGGUGCUCGCGACCUUGAACGAAGUGAUAAAGAAGAGUGGCGAGUUCUCGCGGUCGCUGCUGGAGGCGGGCGGAGUGGAGCGACUGCUAAACCUCACCAAACAACGCCACCGCCACACGCCGCGUGUACUCAAAUUUGCUGGUCAAGUGCUAAUGACGAUGUGGUCUCACGCGGAACUACGCGAGGUCUAUCGCAAACACGGCUGGCGCGAAGCGGAUUUCCUCACGCCUGCCAGGGCAGCCAUGCCUAGAGGGUCUUCUAAUAGCAGCGGUCAAGGCACCCCCUCCUCCGCCCCCGCCGGCGCCCCGCACUCGCCCAGCAACGCCAACAGCACGCUCAGCAGACCCAUGGCCUCCACCGGCGGCACCCGGUACGAGGACCGCACUAUACGCAGGCAUCGUGAGAACGAUGACAUGCCAGCGAUGGACCUAAACAACUACCAAGAUGGGCUGGGGAUGGGCAACCCAAACGGCAGGCCAAUGAACUUGCAGGGCGUUCAGGCGCAGAUGCCCAUGCCUCCUAGCAGUCGUUAGUAUCGAUAGAAGGCUAAAUGGGGUGGGGGUUUUGCUCUUUAGGUAGUGAUAAAAGCAAAAAUAAGGGGCGAGAGCACAGCUCUUUAAAGAAUACAAGGCGAGUAUUGCAUUUCAGAUUGUCGAAUAAGUUCAAACGAAUCCUCGCAUAAAUGGGAUGGGGCGUUGCCCUGUAGAUUGUUAAAUAAGUUCAAAUUAACUCUCGGUUCAAAGGGGCGGGGGUAUUGCUCUUUAGGUAGCUAUAAAAUCCUUAAUAGGGUGGGGGCAUUUGCUCUCAGAUUGUUGAAUAAGUUCAAAGUAAUGUAGUCGUACUAAUUAAUACCUCAUUAACAAUUGACUUGCAUAAUGCUAUCUCACUUGUUUUAAUAAAUUAAACAGGACAUCUUAUUUCCACAUUAAAAAAGUAGUUAUUAAGGUAUUGAGAUGUUUUGGUCCUUAAUUAUUUAUAUAUCAAUGUUUUCUUAAUAAUGAAGGGCAUAUAUACUAUUUCCUUUCUUAAUUUAAGGUUUAUGUUCAAUUCGGCAGUCUAAAAAGCAAUGGCCAUGUAAAGUUAUGUAGACAAGAAUUAAUAUGCACAAUUUUUACGUUGUAACAAACGCAUACGUGUCGCUGAUUGGUCGCUGUCGUGUCAACCUAGGGCUCGUGCAGGCAUCUGAUUGGAUGUUGAAAUCGCAAAUAAUUUCAUAAAUAAGUGUACUAUAAUACUACUCAGGGUGUUUUGUUAUUUUAAUUAUUCAUGUAUUGUCUCGUUCUGUAGAUAAGGACAAACAAUAUAAAUAAUCUAUGAAUACCGAUCGUAAAUAUAAAACUAUAGAAUUUUAGUUCAACGACAUCACCGCUAGAGGUGGUGUAAAAACUAAAUUAUAGUUUAUUUACGAUCGAGUAUAAUUACGCUGAUUACAAAGUUACACUAGUGUAGACCAAUUAAUUUGCCUAAGGCCUAAUUUAUUUCAUAACCUAGCGCCAUUUUGUGUAAAGAUCAUGUCAAUUCCCAAUGUAUAUAGUCGUGCCAUUUGUAUUUUGUGUAUUUUAAUAAUUAAAGGGUUUUUUCUGUAGAUGUAAUGUGUAUCGGUAUCAAACUUUCAAUCAAGGCUCACGUCGAUAGAACGCGAGAGGUAAUAUAAACGUGGUAAUACUGAGCCUAUUUAUAUUGUUAUUAUAACUUCAGGUUUCACAAGUGGCAAUGUAUAAUUAAACUGAAUUGCACCAUGUAUUCUUAUCUCUAAAUAUACCCAUGUAAUAACUAAACAAGUUGCGUAACUAAUAUUUACAUUGUAAUAUUCGUAUUUGAAUAUUAUUGUUAUUGUUUAUAUAUAACAUUAGUUUCGUAGUAAUCACGAAGCCGCACUGUGAAAUCGAAAUAAUUAUGCAUUACCAUAUGUUUCCGACGAGUUGCGUUCGAGAUUCGUUCGAUUUCGCAGCUCGCGGCGGAAUAGAACCUAUGGUAUAUAGAAUUUUGUAAUAUUUUGUAUCCAUUCCAUUCCACGGCCCUUUACGAGUAAAUGUAAUAUAGGUGUCUAUGUCCUCUUGUUAUACAUAAGGAAUAUCCGUCUUAUAUUUAGCGUUAAGAUGCAUUUAUUAUGGGACAUUCGCUCUCGUAUUACAUAUAUAUUUUUGAGUUUAAUAAUGCAAUACAAGACCAAUUGUGAGAUUAAUUUUCGGUAGAUAAGUUUAAAAUGCAGUUAUUAACGAAAUAAAUAAGUCAAGGGAACAUAUUGUCGCUUGUCAUUUUUUUUUUAUAUAAACGAAAGUUUUUACUUUUCCUAUAUUUUUAUUCUGAGAUUUCUACAUGAAAAUGAGCUUUGUCGAACACUUGUCGAUUGCAUUAUUAACUUCAAAAGUACGUGUUGAGUUCGAUUGAAUCUUAAAGCGCAGCUAACCAUGUCUUAUUCAUAUUGAGACAGCGUUGAUCUCUAUAUACAUACGCUGUUACGUCGUCUGGCUGUAAAACACGUAUAAAAUUGGCCGCCGUGAACCGCGAAUCUUGGCUGUGUGACAUUUUGUUUAAUCCAAAGGUUUAUGGCAUGAAGUCUGCAUACGUGAUCGACAAAACAUGUGUUUUAUUGAAUAAAUUUUAUCUACUAUAUGUACAUUUUUUGUCAAAUAAAAUAAAAAGAAUGGACAUAUUGCAUUUAUACUAAUUGUGCAGAAAAUGUAACUAGAAACGGAUUACUACGAUCGCGAAUACUCCCCCAAUUAAAUAUGAAACUCGUUAGCUGUAUUACAACAUUCCUAAUGUCCUUUAAAUAGCCAUUCACUGUCUAGGCGGCGGCAUACAAAUGCCCUCACUGCGGCUCGAAACGAAAGCUGCUAACCAAUCCUAUUGAUUGAUACUUCCUAUCAAUUAUAAAUGAGUAUAUUUAAUUGAACUCAUUCGCCAUGGAACAUUGAACUCUAAGACUCUAAUCAUACAGUUUUUAUUUGUAAAUGCUUAAAAAACAGCCAGAUGACUUAGCGAGCGCAUCGCAACCGCGAACAUGAAUAUUGUGAAUACAGCUUUAAAAUGAUUAUUUCAAUUUAUUUUCCCUCCGUCGAUGGUUUUAGUUGUAGUGUAACUAUUUAUUUUACAUUAAAUUGUAAGGUUAAAUUUUUAUUCGUAGGCGAUAUCUUAAGGGGUUUUGUGAGGACAUUUUUUGGAUAUUUUUAUGCACAAUAAAGCAUUUCUACACGUCCUCGUCAGGGGUGACCAAUGACUGAUCAACUGGUUCAAGCUAUCUCAUCCAGUGCAUUAUAAUUAUUUAAGUACCCGUGUAUGUAAGUUUUUGUAUGAUAUUUUAUUAAAAUGUAAGCGAGUGUACAACAGUUUUUGACAACAAUAGCUUGCCAGGGCGACGUCGCUUCUAUGAAGCGAGUUUUUUUAAAUGAUAUUAUAAUUAUUUCACUUCAAACCUUUCCUUAAGCUUGGUAUAAGUUAGUUGUAAGAAAUUAUUUAAUCACCAUUUUAUUUUAUUUAUCGCGUGUAGAUGAGGAUUUUAGACAAAUGUAGGCAUUAUUAGAUAAAGUUGUUUUAUAAUGUCUUUUAAUACGAUCUGUCUGUAAAUUAUAUCUAUCUCACUAAAGCUUCUAUAGGCAAUUGUAUUUAUGCAAUCGAUUACAUUGUUUGUCUAUUAAGAUACCUUCCAUUCACAGAUCUCUAGAACUUAAACUUUAUUUGUAAGUUGUAGUGUCACUUACAUUACCCGGGAGAACCUAUCUAGUGUUACACCACGAUAUAAAAAUAUAUAGUAAAUGUCUAUGGUCAACCAUAGAUUUAUAGAAUUGUUGGAACAGUAAUACUCGGUUAUUUAUAUUUUAUUUAAAAUUUUAUAUUGAAAAUUAUUUAACAAAGUGGGAUCUUCGUUUGUCGUUGCCGCGUAGUAUAAUGAUAUAGCUCUUAUGUCUUGUUGUACGUAGAUUUUAAUAGAACAUUAUUCGCUUUUACAGAUACUUAUGAUUAAACAAAUUAUUAUAUUAUUAUCACAGAGAAUUAAAUGAAUGAUUUUUUUUA